AUGGAACACAGUCCAAAUAUUUUGCAAGUUUGUAAACGGUGUUUUAUCGAAGAAAAUGGUUUGUCCACUUUCAAAAUUCCGAACAGGUGCUUAUAAAAUAUUUCUUAGUGGAAGAUACAUUAAUUUAUCCGUGAGGUAUCUUACAUCGUGAUAUGUGAGAAGGGCGUGGCUAUCGUUACUUACCUGACCGAUAGGUGGCAGGCGAGAAUGAUUGGAAAGUGCAAAUUGACAUAUUCAAUAUUUUUUCGAUCUGUCAAAUUUUACGUGAUUUCAGAUCAAAAUAAGAGUUAUAGAUGGUAGAUUUUAGGUAAAUGAAAUCACAAUGGUGACUGACAGUACAUUAGUGGCAUCUAAACAAGGAGAUUUGAUAGCACUUGAGUCACUGAAUCCAACAGGUGAAGAAAUUGAUGAACUUGGGGCAAAUUGUGUGCAUUAUGCAGCUAGGGCAGGCAAUUUGGAUGUUUUAGACUACUUGAUCAAUAAAUGUCAUCUCAAGGGAGACAAAAAGUCAGACAUUGGCGCAACUCCUGCACAUGAUGCCACAGCUAGUGGUCACCUGGAAUCUCUCGUUUGGCUUCUCUCUCACGGAAGUUGUAAUAUAGAUGAUAAAGACUCUACAGGUUCGACAAUAGUUCAUUUAGCAGCUAGAUUCGGCCAAGUACGAGUCUUGAGGUGGCUGUUAGAGAACACAAAAUGUUCAGUAUUGGAAAAAGCACUUACGGGAGCGCUCCCGAUACAUUUUGCCGCAGCAAAUGGCAAUAUUGAAUGUGUCAAGAUGCUGUUGGCUGAAGCACCUGGAUCUGUGAAUAUGCAAAUGAGCAAUGGUGCAACCCCGGUGUAUUUAGCAUCGCAAGAAGGCAACCUAGAAGUAUUACAUUAUUUGACUGAGAACGCACGAGGAUCUCCCAAAAUCCGAUCGUUUGAUGGAAUGUCUUGCGUUCAUGCUGCAGCUCAGAGUGGUCAAUUGGAUUGUGUGAAGUAUUUGGUCGAGGACCAGGGAUGUGAUGCCAAUGACCGCGAUUUUGAUGGUGUCACCCCUCUGCAUUUUGCUGCCAGUAGAGGGUACCCUGACAUUGUUGAUUGGCUGAUGAAGCAUGGGUCGAGGGUCAUGCUAGACAAUAUAGGUGGCAGUCCGCUUCAUGAUGCAGCAGAGAAUGGGCAAACUGAGUGUGUAAGAGUGUUGAUGCAGCGUGGUUGUGAUGCUCAGAUACAAGACAACAAUGGUGCUACAGCUCUCGACUUAGCACACCAAAGCAACAAUGAGCAAUGUGCUGCUGCUAUCACAGCACACCAAAAUGGCAAGCCAUUCGACAUUCCACCUGUACCUCAGGUUCCUAGAAAAGAUACCCCUAGAUUACGCAGAACACCAUUUUCAUCAGUGCCAGGAGGCGAAGUCUUAAAUAAUGGGGGCCUUGGAACCACUGAUUCGGAUACUGUGUACCAUGGUCAUCUAGAUCUUGAUGCAGUUGCCCAAUCAGCAUCUCCACAAUGUGAUAUCUUAGUCCGGAGAGGUGUAUUGUGGUGUAAAGAACAUGAAACUGGAGAAUGUGUAAAGCAUUCGAAUAACCUUAGCCCAGUUACAAAAUCGCCACCACCAGUUGCCAUUCCCCAAGAAUCAAUCAGCCAAUCACAAGAUAGUCCUCUAUCAUCAACGACUUCAACUCUUAGUGAUUUACCUGACAUACAGCCAACAGUCUCUUCAGCACGAGCCAAAUUUGAAAAGGCAACAUCCUACAGCCCCCCACGGUCUACAUCAAGUUCAGCCCCAAGUUCACCCAAAAAAUCGGUGUUGGAUCGAUAUCAGCCAGGCAAGCAGCCGAGGGACUCCCCGGAGGCAGUUACCAUGGCAACACAGACAGAAGAACUCCCAGUUGUAAAUGGGGAGGCCAAUAAUAAUGAAACUAAGAAUGCUGCCCCCGCACCCCCUCCUCCCCCUGCUCCUGCACCCCCAGGACCUCCACCAGGCCUGCUCCUACAGCUGAGGAACCAUGACAAUGAGUCUCGUCUAUCCAGGCCAAACAGUUUUUCAAGUGUGGAUUCAGCCAAACAAGGAGGUGGAUGGAAUUCUAAACGGUCUAGCUUAAGCAGCGGAGCAACCUCACCUAAUCCUGCAAGCUUCGACUUAAUCGCAGAGCUUAAGGCAUCAAAAGGGGCAGGAUCUCUAAAGCGAGCUCAAAAAAUUGGUCAACCGGGAAUGCUGUCUUUUUCAUCGAGCUCAAGUGAGGCUAGUGGGCCAACCAGUAAUGAUGUUUCUGCAUCUAGUAGGAAUAAUGAUGUUAUUGAAUCUAAGCCUUUAUCAAACGGAACAGUUUCUCCAAGGCCUGUACAAAAUGGGACAGUCGUAAAUGUGAAGGACAAUGAGCCUAAUACUACACAGACAAGUGGACUUAAAACAACCAUAGCUGUGUCAUCUAGUAAACCUACCCCCUCUGCAGGCAGUGGGAGUGAUAAGACAAUUACAAAGGUUCCUCAGACAAACACAAAGCCUCCUCCCCCAGGUAGCUUCAAUGCAAGGGAUUUCUUGGACCAGGUGCCCACAGUUGAUGCAGGAGGUAAAGAGAUCCCAGCAUGGAAGAGGCAAAUGAUGGCCAAAACAAUGGCAGAGAAGGCCAAGGUAGAGGCUGAAGUCAGAAAAAAGCAAGAGGAGGAGGAAAAUAAGUACAAAGGAGUGCCAGCCUGGAAGAGGGCAAUUUUGGAGAAAAAGGAGGCUGAAGCAAGGUUAGCAAGUGAACAAGCUUUAAAGGCAAAUAAAGACCAGACACAAAGUGUCAAACCUAAGAUGGGAGGACGUACUGCAUUAUGGGAAAAAUAAAUGUCUCCAAGGAAACGCUUAAAACAAAGUUAAUUCAAACAUGUGACUAAUAGAUGUUGAAUCAAACUUGUACUCCAUCAGGAAGGAGAAAAAUCAAAUCCUUUGAAUCAGAUGGCAGUGAAACUUUUCAAACUUCAUCUUUCAUCAUGUGACUCUUACAUUGAGCUGAAUGAAGACUUUAAGUUGUAUCACAUGAUCGAGAUGGAGAUAAUGGAGACUUAUGAACAUAAACAUCCACUAAAACUAGUGUAUAAUUCAUUGCCACAUGAUUUGUGUCAGGCCAAUUUCUUUCCAUAUGUCAAUGGGGCUGUAUACAAUAAUGGGAGCAAUGACAAUACAAUCAUGGGCUAGAAAGGCAAUAGAAAAAUGGAAUCCAAACUUGGAGGAUUUCAACAUUUGAUGGAAAAGAGUCUCUAAAUAAUAUGAAUGAACUAGUAAAGCAGAUGCUUUUAGUGGAGAAUAUCAUAUUAUUACCU